CACCAAUCUGGUGUAACCGCGCUUUAUUACAGAGCAGUGGAAAGAGCUCUGUUCUAGAGAGCAUUGUGGGCCGGGACUUCCUUCCAAGGGGCUCUAGAAUGAUGACUCGGAGGCCGCUGGUCCUCCAGCUGGUACACACAGCCUCCCUGGAGGAACGGAAGCAAGCAGCAACCCUGGAGUCAUGUGUCCAAGCAGAGGAAUGGGCCACUUUUUUGCACUGCAAAAGCAAGCCAUUUAUAGACCUUAACGAAAUCCGCCAGGAAAUUUCCAACGAGAUGGAUCGCGUCGCCGGUACCAACAAGGGGAUCAGCCCCGAGCCUCUGAAUGUGAAGAUGCACUCCUCCAGAGUCCUUAAUUUGACCCUCAUUGACUUGCCUGGCAUCACCAAGGUACGUUCUCUCCCGCAGCCUUGCCUCGGGCAGGCUGGCCCUGGGCCCCUCUCUCCGGGGGGCGGGAUCGGACCGGCCUCUUCCUCCUCGUCCAGCCCCGGCACCGCACUUCAUGGUCUUGGGCACGGCGAGGGCACUGGGGGGUGCCCAAAGGCAUUUGGCAA